UGUACACGAUUCUGUCUAAGGUGCACUCUGAUCGGAAUGUGUAUCCUUCUGCUGGAGUUCUUUUUGUUCAUGUUUUGGAGAGAGAGUACUUUAAGGGGGAAUUUCCUCCUUACCCAAAGCCUGGUGAAGUAAGUAAUGAUCCUAUAACAUUUAAUACCAACUUAAUGGGUUACCCUGACAGACCUGGAUGGCUACGCUAUAUACAAAGGACACCAUAUAGUGAUGGGGUGCUGUAUGGCUCACCAACUGUAGAAAAUGUGGGAAAACCAACCAUCAUUGAGAUCACUGCAUAUAACAGGCGUACCUUUGAGACAGCAAGACAUAAUUUGGUCAUUAAUAUAAUGUCAGCGGAAGAUUUUCCUCUACCGUAUCAAGCGGAGUUCUUCAUAAGGAAUAUGAACGUAGAAGAAAUGUUAGCAAGUGAAGUUCUUGGCGACUUUCUCGGAGCAGUGAAAAAUGUGUGGCAGCCAGAACGCUUGAAUGCUAUAAACAUUACUUCAGCCCUCGACAGGGGAGGGAGAGUUCCACUUCCUAUUAAUGACAUGAAAGAGGGUGUGUAUGUUAUGGUUGGGGCAGAUGUUCCAUUCUCUUCGUGCUUACGCGAAGUGGAAAACCCACAAAAUCAGCUCAGAUGCAGUCAAGAAAUGGAGCCUGUAAUAACCUGUGAUAAAAAAUUUCGUACUCAAUUCCAUAUUGACUGGUGUAAAAUCUCUCUGGUUGACAAUACAAAACAAGUUUCCACCUUUCAGGAAGUGAUUCGUGGAGAGGGAAUAUUACCUGAUGGUGGAGAAUACAAGCCACCUUCUGAUACACUGAAAAGCAGAGACUAUUACUCGGAUUUCCUAAUUACACUGGCAGUGCCCUCGGCAAUAGCACUGGUGCUUUUUCUAAUACUUGCCUAUAUCAUGUGCUGCCGACGGGAAGGAGUGGAAAAGAGAAACAUGCAAACACCAGACAUCCAGUUGGUCCACCACAGUGCUAUACAGAAAUCAACCAAAGAGCUUCGUGACAUGUCUAAAAAUAGAGAGAUAGCAUGGCCUCUUUCAACGCUUCCUGUGUUUAACCCAGUUACUGGUGAGAUUGUGCCACCCCUUCACACAGACAGCUACGAUAAUACCAGUAUGCCACUGAUGCAAACACAGCAGAACCUGCAACAUCAGACUCAGAUUCCACAGCAGCAGAGUGCAGGAGAAUUUCGUAUGACAACAUUUCAAAGAUUUGAG